UUUUUUUUUUUGAUUGUUGACCGAUUAUCUUUCUUUUGAUCUGGUCUUUCCUCAAAGAAUCAAUUAUCUAUUGAACGAAAUUACGAAACAAAGCAGAUCUUGUUUUAGAUUAGUCUUUAUUGUGAAUCCCAACAAAAAUACUCGUUCGAUUACAAUAUCCUCUUCCUUAUUGUCUUUCUUUCCCGUUGAUCUUGUUGUUAUUACACUGUAUAUGUCUUCCUUGACAAGAAACAGAUCCCAUAGUGCAGUGUUAUCCAGCCGUCUACCUUCCGAUACCUUUUGGAUUUCUGAAACUUUUGAAUGUUUUCAAGUACCUACACAGCUUGGUGAAGAUGUUGUGGAUCCCAUAGAUGGUCACCUUCACCACAGAUGUCAAGUUCGUUAUCUUGGUCCUGCCUAUCUCAAGUCUGGUCUACUUCCUGCGAUCCGUGCUUUCUUUUAUGAAGUGACAAGGUCGGAAAUUUCAGAAUUGGUAUAUGAUAAGAAAGCUAAUCGACUUCCUAUUCAUCCAACAACUCAUAUCGGUGAAGGUCAUUCGAUAAAUGGUCAAGAUGCUGAUCCUAUUCAAACUCUAUCUUCUCCCGAAGGCGCCGAGGCUCUACUGUGUUUAUCCGAAAAUUACAUUCUAUCUCAAGAUGAACAACCGUCCACUUCAAACUUUACUACUACUACUACUAUUACUACUACUACUACUACUACUAGUACGAAGGCCUUACCUCCGAAAAAGCGGAAAAAGCGACGGGUUGUUGAUCAUUGUGUAGUAUUUUCUAUUGGUAAUGGUCAAAAUGCUCAGCAUAGCGGUGUAUCUACUUUGUCAACGGAAUGUACUUAUUAUCUCUUCCCUCAUGAUGCAAUGGUGGAACAAGUGAAUGACAUGGCUCCUUUCCAGAUGUUUUGUACUUUCCACGGUCCCAAAUCUUUAGCGUUAGUUCAUGAUUCCUUUUCUUUUCAUGAUUCUGAUUCAAAUCAAAUCCCUUCUGUGGUAAAAUAUCGAACCAAAUUGGAAGAAUUUGCUGCUGUUUGUAGUUCAAGUGAUCGUCUAAUCUCUUCUGGAGCCCGCGAUCCUUCUCAAAGGCGUUUGACAGACCCUGGCCACGACUUGUCUAGUUUUCAUGAUAGUCAACCAAUCAAUGUGGAAAUCUCUGGUGCUUCUGCUGACAUAUAUUAUUCUCUGAAGCAUACUUCUUCCAGUUAUGAAGCUUUAUGUCACAAAAUGGUGGAUUUGGUAAACUUCUUUUUUUUUUUUAAAAAAAAAAAAAUAGAACAUAAUAUUAUUCCUUUUUUGCUUAUUUUGUAUAUUGAUUUCUUUAUUUUAGUGUCGUCUCCAUGGUGAGCGCU